AUGCCCGGCGACAUUCAAGAGCGGGAUUCCGCCUCGCGAAAGAGGUCGCAUGAGGACUUCAUAAAGCAGGGGAUUAUCGAUUCGGUAACUUUGAAAUCAUUCAGCGACAAGGAGAACAGCGUCCCAUAUUCACCUCCUCAGAACUCAAUCUCCCCCAACACAAAAAGCAGUCCUGGUUUGACUGAGCCAGGAAGCAGUCCGCUCGACAGGGACUCGCCAUGCCCUAACCCAACACCGAGCGAGAUCACAGACAAUGUGCCUGCUAUCACUUCACCCAUCGCAGAAUCAGCUGUCGCACAAGACGCUUUCCCAGCCCUGGCGAAAGGCGCAGCGAAGACAGCGACCGGGGAGCCGCCGAAAAAGAGAAGGCUGCUGACUGCCGAGGAGAAGAAGGCCAAAGCCGAGGCUGAGGAGGCUCGCAAAAAGGAAAGAGAAGCCAAGAAAGCAAAGAAGGAUGAAGAGAAAGCUGCUAAGGCCGAAGAGAAAGCUGCCAAGGCCGCGGAGAAGGCCGAGAAGGAGAGGAAGAAGCGCGAAAAGGAGGAAGAGGAAGCCAAGAAGCAACGCGGUCAGAUGAAGCUAACAAACAUGUUCAAGAUGGCACCGGCAGCGUCUAAGAAAGAGACUCCGACGUCGAAAGCCCAGGACCAUGCCGAAGCUGCCUCGGCAGACGGCAUCACGGGCGGACCGAAGGAAAAAUCACUGUACGAGCAAAUGUUCAAGGAGUUUUUCCUCAAGGAACAUGUCCGUCUGGCCAAAGAUCCCGUCGAGAUGGACGAGGAGACGAAGGCUACCAAAGUCAGGAUCCUCGAAGAAUAUGUCGAGGGCAAACGGAACUAUGUACCGGCCCGCUUCGACCCGGUGGAGGCACUGCAAAUUCCAUACGUUAGACGCCGUGGGCGUAUCUAUCCGAGCGUCCGGAAGAUCAUGGAAGAGUUCCACGGGCUUUCGUCUAGCAGACCCAUCGAUCUCACCAUUGAGGAGCAGAAGGCGCAAUUACUCCAUAUCAGAGAGGCUCUGAAGUCGAUACCCGUGAAGUCUAUCAAAUUCAGGGAAGACGUGCGACCACCGUACAUAGGCACUAUCAGUGGUCUGCCACCCGGCGUAAAGAGCCUUGGGAAGCUCGCCAGAAAACCCACAUCCCGACAACUGCCACUCAAUUACGAUUAUGACUCGGAAGCUGAGUGGCAGGACGAGGAUGGCGAGGAUGUGGAUGACUUGGACGAUGACGAAGAGGAGGCGGACAUGGAUGAGGACAUGGCUGAUUUCCUGGAUGACUCCGAGGAUGUUGGACCUUCGCGUAUGGUCUUUUCUGGGGGCAUGGAGCCUGAAAGCAGUGGGCUUUGCUGGGAGAACGGCGAGCACUUGAACAGCAAACCAGAAAUGUCCAAGUAUCGGAUGGAGUUCAUCCUCGAAUCCCUCGAGCAUCACCUCUGCAUCGAUCCCUUCUCCACUGCCUACUGGCAGGCACCCCCGAAAUCGAAGCCAGGCGCGGACGGCGAGAAAUCGAGCGCAUCAACAUCCACCAGGACAGGACCCGCUUCGACGACUUCGACUUCUUGCCCGGACGCAAGCGGCAACCGAUCGGCCCCUUUAGCCGCUCCUUCAGACGCUCUCAACGGACUGAGCCUAGGAAGUAGAGGCAGCGGAAGCCGGGGGAAGUCGCAGCAACCGUUGGCUCCCGAAAUCCGUGAAGCAUUGAAGGAUCUUGUACGGGCGAACCCAAAGCUAAGCAAGCUCGGUGUCGUCGAGCUGUUCGCUUCAACCCAUCCCAAGUGCUCGAAGGCACAGCUCAAGUUUCAUUUCGACUCCUUGUUUGAGAAAGUGGGGAAAGAAUUCAAGGUUAGGGGGGAGUAG